AUCAGCUGUUGCAGGCGAUGUUUUCGGGAAGCUCACACAAAGAAAGGUGAAAAUUUGAGAAAAAUCAAUAAAAAAUAGUUUUUGGAUGAAUUUCUUUACAUUUUCUGUGGCUUCAUGUCCGUGUUAGUGUCCCUGUGUCAUCUCAAGUUCGAAAUUGACAUUGCUCCUGCAAUGAGCUCAGAGGAAAAGGAAGAAACAUCCGAUGGGGCCUGUGCUAUUGCCUCAGACACCCCAAAUGUCCCACGAUCUGGUCAAAUCAAUCGUGGUCAGCGUCAACCGAGAAAUAUCAAAGUGGAAAACUACACAAAUCGCGUUCUAGAACCAACGGAAUCUUCUCGAGGGCUUCUGCCUGCGAAUUCUCGAGAAGUGACUCCUCUGGAUGAGACUCCGCCCCCUAAAGCUGAUGCAACGGAUGACAUAACAUUCUUCUCGGGAAAUCCUUUCGUGGAAGUCACCAAGGGGAUUAUACAUCUGUACAAGAAGAAUGAGCGAACAGAUGUGAUGGAUUGCCAGUCAAAGACUCUCUGUUUGCUGGCUGUUCCGGCUAUUCUCAGCUGUCACGAUCUCCUGAACUUUGUUGCUCCUUGCCACUCCGUCAUCCAACAUGUUCGCAUCAUCAGGGAUGGAUCACCUAAUCAGUUUAUGGUGCUUCUUGAAUUCCGCACCAUUGAAUCAGCCAUUGAGUUCUACGAGACAUAUAAUGGAGUUCCCUACAACAGCCUCGAGCCCGAUUCGCUCUGUCACGCAGUAUGGGUGUCCAGUGUAGUGUGGGGCUUUGAUGAGACACCACCAGUUGGACACACUGAGCUACCAACCUGUCCAGUUUGUCUUGAGCGCAUGGACGAGAGUGUGGAUGGUGUGCUGACAAUUCUGUGCAAUCAUGCCUUCCAUGCCAGUUGCCUAGUGAAGUGGGGAGACUCCACUUGUCCCGUCUGCAGAUGUGUCCAGACUCCAGAACUCACAGAGAGCUCGGUGUGUAUGGAGUGCGAGGGCACCGAAGCCCUCUGGAUCUGCCUGAUUUGUGGCCAUGUGGGGUGUGGUAGGUACCAAGGUGGCCAUGCUUUUUCUCACUAUCGCAUGACCAAUCACACCUAUGCUCUGCAACUGGGCACAAAUCGCGUAUGGGACUAUGUGGGCGAUAAUUUUGUUCACAGGCUCCUUCAGAGUAAGACAGAUGGCAAACUUGUGGCCACUCAGAGUCCUGAAGGAGAUGGAGAGGAGAAAAUUGACUCAAUGCAGUUGGAAUUUACGUAUUUGCUGACAUCUCAGCUGGAUGCCCAGAGAGAGUACUACGAGGAGAAAUUGAGUCGUCUGGAGAGUUUAGUGACCAGCGAAACGGACAAGAUAAAGGCUCAUACGGCAAAGAUUGUUGAUCAAAAUACCACGUUAGAGGGGAAGGUAAAGGAAUUGACCAAGGAUAAGGUGGCUCUGGAGAAGAAGGUUUCUCAGUUGACCACAAAACUCAAUGCAAUCUCUAAGGAAUUGUCCGAUGAGCGACAAAUGGGCAAGGCAAUGCAGACAAAUCAAUCUCAGUGGCAGGCAAAAUAUACAGCUCUGGAGAAGCGUUUCAAGGAGAUGCAGGCUGAGAGGGAUACUACAAUAGCGGAUCUCAAGGAACAAGUCAGGGACUUGUCUUUCUACAUGGAGGCUCAGAGUAUGAUUGCCAAAUCGGAGUUGAAGGAGGAAAUUGCUUCAGGGUCUGUGAUUAUUCCAGAGAGUUCUGGGCAGAAGGGAAAGAAUCGACGGAAGAAAAAUUAAUGCUAUCAUUCAAAAUCUUUAUUAUGGUUUAAAAUUUAAUAAAUUCUUUCAAUAAAAUUGAUAAAGCCAG